UAGAUGCCACAAAGCGUAACAUUUUAGCUGCGCUCUUUAGCCGUGUUUCUGUCACAGUUAUAACUCGCUGUUAAUACUCUAACGUCGUAGCUGUAGUUGCUGUAAUGAAGUAGCCGGGGGGGAUUCAUGCCGGCGGGCGAAGAGCCGCAGAGAUACGAGCAUUGUUAGCUUUCAUUUCUUUAAUAGCAGCUGAGGUUAGCACAGGGUGUUAGCUGCCCUCGGUUUCGGUUCACGCUGUAGUUUGGUUCUCCAGCAGGUUCUGAAGGACUCACGAUGUCUAAUGAUCUCGCUGGAGUGUGGGAGGUGGCGCUGAGUGAUGGAGUCCACAGAAUCGAGUUUGAACACGGGACCACCACCGGAAAGAGGGUCAUCUACGUGGAUGGAAAGGAGGUCCUGAGACGGGACUGGAUGUUCAAACUGGUGGGGAAGGAAACUUUCAGCGUGGGCAGUUCAGACACCAAAGCCACCAUCAAUAUAGAUGCAGUCAGUGGCUUUGCCUAUGAGUACACCCUGGAGAUCAACGGGAAGAGCCUGAAGAAGUACAUGGAGAACAGGUCAAAGGUCACCAGCACCUGGUUGCUCAACUUAGAUGGCAUUGACUGCAGAGUGGUCCUGGAGAAAGACACCAUGGAUGUGUGGUGUAACGGACAGAAGAUUGAGACUGCAGGUGAGUUCGUGGACGACGGCACGGAGACGCACUUCACACUCGGAGACCACAACUGCUGCGUGAAAGCUGUGAGCAGCGGGAAGAGACGAGACGGGAUCAUUCACACGCUGCUCGUGGACGGCACGGAGAUCGCUGAAUGCACAGAGUGAGCGUGACUGCGCCUGGAUGAAAGCAGAGAUCCGCUUUUGUAUCUGUGACGCUGAGUGAGGGCGUGAGGUGAUUUAAAGCUGAUAAAGUCAGGGACCAACUGAGAGAAACAGUGCAUUGCUGGCUAUAGUGUGCGGGGUAUGUUAGCCAUAUAUAUACUGGUGAAAGCUGUCCUGUAAAUAGCAUAGCUGAAGACAGAAGCUAAGUUUGAGCAGUUUUAAAAGACCGAGGGCAGCUACUAAUGCCAGAAACAAGCAUUUACUGUCUCCAAAUGUUCACACUGGAUAUUUGAUGUGUACACUGGUACUUUAUAUUCACAUGAACACUAUUAAUCUCAGUAAUAUAAUCAACAUGGGAGUCCAGAUGUGCCACAUUAUUCUCUCUCAGCCAGGGUUUUAACACGAGCAGCUGCUUUUGAAGAAGUACUGUAUCACACAGCCAAACGUUACUAGUGAGCUGUCCCAGUAAACCCUAACCUCAUUCUCUCUUACCUUUGUGCUAGCUUUCUUGUAUUUUCAAAUGUUGUGGAGUGGGAGGUUCAACAACAGGGUAACUUUAUUCCUUGAAUGUAGCAGUGGACUGGUUCCUGUUCUGGUGUUGGCCUGUUACAUGCUUUGUGUUUUCAUUGGUUAAUUAUAUUGAUAUCAAGUGAUUAGCUUCCAACGGCCUGCUGUUGAUGUGUCAGAAUAUUUACAGGGUGCAUUGUCCUCAUUUUUCAGGUAGAUAUAAAUCACUUACACAGCUGCAAUGGAUCACUCGCUGAUGUCCAAACAUACUUUAAAGACUUUCUGUUGUCUUUAGAAAAAUCUGUAACUGUGUUGUGCUGUCAAAUCAUGCGGUAGUAUCAUAAAGUGUAUGUAAAAGAUGGACAAAUGUCACCCACAUUUGUCAAAGCCACAUUUUUGGACCCUUCAGCUGUCCACUGUGACCCUCUUAGGUUUUUUAAACCAGAUGUCACAGAAGCGGGGUCGAUCUGUCAUUUCCCCCAUUAUCGUCUUUCUGAACAUCAUGUAUUAGAUAUGAUGUAAAUGUAGUGAUUGAUACCACUGAUUAAUUAAUGAAGUGUUUACCGAGGUCACAGCUCAAAUUACAGAGGGCUCCUUUUCCACUGAGAUCUAUUGAGUGUUUUUUUUCCUGCUAACUACAAGUACAGAAGUCGCCCCCUGCUGGCUAUUAGAAAGAAUGCAAGGCAUUGGCUUCAUUUUACCAGUGUGGAAGCUAUGGCCAUUUUAUACAUGCAGUCUAUGGAUAAUGCAGAACUUGAGCUAAACAUUUUUAUAAAAUCAUGGUUAUUAAAGAUUGAAGAUUUCUCCAAUGUAUGUGAAACAAAUGUUUGGUAAGAGACGUUCAUUAAGGCUGCACUCACACUAAGAAAGCUGCGUCAUGCCCAAGUAUGUUUGUUUCCCAUUUUCCAGUUUGUUUUACCAGACUGCUGCAUGCUCCACCCCGGCAGGGUUAAAUGAACUGCCCCAGUCCAGGUUCAGUUGGACUCAACAUGUGCAUGUUAUGUGACCACUAAUCGUGCACAAGUACUUACAUGUAACUCCGACAGUUGUUCAAUGGCAGCUGCCUGUGUCAAAAUCACUGUGUUCAGCAUCUUGAUGCAUUCUCAAUCAUCCAGGAAAGUAAAUCUCCAAAAGGUGAGUCUG